AUGCUAUGUGUCCUGGCUUCGCCUGUCAGGCCGUUCUCGUGGACGUUUGCACCCUCCGAGGGUGCGUUAACCUCGAGCGUUGAUGUCCGCGCGGAAGACGCAUCGUCGAACACGACCUUGUUCGACAGUGGAAGGACGACCGACGUGCAGUGGGACGGAUAUAGCUUGUGGCUCAAGGGACAGAGGGUGUUCAUCAACUCUGGAGAGUUUCACACCUUCCGUCUGCCUGUUCCCGACCUCUGGCGUGACAUACUCCAUAAGUUCAAGGCGGCAGGGUUCAACACCAUCAGCGUUUACACGCACAUGGCCCUGCUGAACCCGGCUCCUGGUGUCCUUGACUUCGAUGACUGGCGUGCCAUCCAGCCCCUGUAUGACAUAGCGAAGGAAGUAGGCAUCUUCGUCAUCUUGCGUCCUGGUCCCUACAUCAAUGCCGAAACAACGGCAGGUGGUAUCGCACAUUGGCUCACCUCGACGGUCAAUGGUACACUCCGCACCAACGAGACGGACUGGUACGAUUCGUGGCAGGACUAUAUGCAUGGUAUAGUCAACAACACCGUCGGGUACCAGAUCAACGAAGGUGGACCGGUCAUUGAUAAUGAAUAUUCUCAAAGCCCUGACCCUCGUGCUGAAUACUUCGUGCAACUUGAGGCCUUUUUCAACUCGACCGGUAUCGUUGUUCCUCUGACGGGGAAUGACGCGGGAAUGGGAUACAAUUUUGCCACCGGAACCGGUGCCGUCGAGAUUUAUGGCUUGGACAAUUAUCCUCAGUUCUUUGACUGCUCAAACCCUGAGAAAUGGAACCCUGUAAUUGAAUAUCAUACCUAUCACGAAGAUCUCAACCCGUGGCAACCCUAUUACUUCCCUGAGUUCCAAGGUGGUGCUUUCGAUGCAUGGGGUCCCUCUUCUCCUGGUUACGAUAACUGCCGUGUCCUGACCGGUGCUGAUUUCGAAAACGUUUUCUACUUGGACGUUUGGGCGGCAAAUGCCAAGAUGAUCAGCUAUUAUAUGCUUUACGGCGGAACAUCAUGGGGAGGCCUUCCUUUCCCCGGAGUCUACACGUCCUAUGACUACGGUAGUGCCGUCGCAGAAAACCGAGUGUUGUCGUACAAGUAUCCUGAGCUCAAGCGUCAGGGCUUGUUCUUGCGCAGCUCUCCCGAUUUUUACAAGACGGACUGGGUUGGCAAUAGCACCGCCGGUGCUGUCACUGUCUCCAACCCGGAUGCCUACGUGACUUACCUCCGUAACCCCGAUAGUUCGGCUUCGUUCUACAUUGCUAGGCAGAACGAUUCCACCUCAACCGAUACGACGGCUUUCAAGCUCAAUGUCACCACCUCUACCGGUGCUCUCGAGGUUCCUCAGGUAGCCUCCAACAUCACUCUAUCCGGUCGCCAGUCCAAGAUCAUCUUCACGGACUAUACCUUCGGUACCUCGUCCAAGAUCCUGUGGUCCACUGCUCAGAUCAUGUAUGCUGGUCGCAUCGGAGACAGGGAUGUCGUUCUCCUCUACGGUGACUCUGAUCAAGAGCAUGAGACCGCUGUCUUUUUCACCGGCACGCCAUACAUGCAAGCGAACUCGAGCGACGUUACUACUACGUCUGCUUCGGGGAGCAACGCGACUGUCGUCAACUUCCUUCCAGGCGUCCAGGGUCUCAUCACUGUUUACGACUCCACCGAGCAGCUCGUGUUAUUCGCGGACACUGUCACAGCAGGAGACUUCUGGUCGCCCGAUGUCCCCUCUAGCGACAGCUCCGAUGCUUUCGGUGCCUACUGGCAAUUCGGAACGAACACGUCCGUCCUUGUCGGCGGCCCCUACCUUGUCCGCAACGCUACUAUCGACGGCUCGACGCUCGCAUUGUUCGGUGACCUGAAUGACACUGUCAGCCUGACUGUCAUCACGCCGCCCUCUGUCAACACCAUCACUUGGAACGGUGCUCAGCUCUCUGUGGACUCUUCGGCGACGAGCAGUCUGACACACGUCGGUGGCUUCGUCGGCCAGCUGUCGCUCUCCUCGAGCGCCUCGGGCAUCAGUGUUCCGCAAUUGUCGGGCUGGAAAUACGCAGACAGUUUGCCCGAGAUCCAGAGCAACUUCUCCGAUGCCAGUUGGACGCUCGCGAACCACACGACGACGGUCAUUCCCUUCCCACCUUACUAUGGCGAUGGCCGUAUCCUGUACGGGUGUGACUACGGAUACUGCGAGAACAUCAAUCUCUGGCGCGGCCACUUCAAUGCCUCGCAGGACACGCAGUCGAUGAACCUGUCCAUCAACGGCGGAGAAGCGUUCGCUGCCAGCGUCUGGAUUAACGAUGUAUUCUUGAGCACCUCUUACGGCAAUUCCACGAAUAACCAAAACUCCAUUGUCGAGACGGACCAGAAGUUCAACUUCCCUGAAGGCUCCCUCAACAUUGGAGACGACAAUGUCGUCACUGUUGUUCAGGACAACAUGGGCCUGGACGAAUCUGGAUCCACCGGCAACGAAGAAAAAUCGCCUCGCGGUAUCCGUGGCUUCGUCCUUAACACUGGUGAAUUCGGUGACUGGUACGUCCAGGGCAAGAUCGGAGGUUACACCAACUAUCCCGACAAAGUACGCGGCCUGCUCAACGAGGGCGGCCUCUAUGGUGAGCGCGCCGGCUGGCACCUGCCAGGCUUCGACACGUCCUCUUGGGAGUCGCGCGACCUCUCGCAAGGUCUUCCCAACAGCACUGCUGGCGUGGGCUUCUUCGUCAUGACUUUCGACCUGAACAUUCCUGCCGGAUACGACGUGCCCAUCUCUUUCAAUUUCGAGAAUGAGCUUGGUCAGGCAUACCGCGCAAGGCUGUUCGUCAAUGGAUGGAUGAUGGGUCAGCGGGUGGCCAACCUUGGACCUCAAUACCAGUUCCCCGUGCACCAAGGCAUUCUCAACUACAGCGGCACCAACACUGUUGCCGUCGCCCUCUGGGCCAUGGAGUCUUCCGCCGUCACGCCGACGCUCAACCUCACUAUUCAAGGCGUAUAUGAGGGUGGUGUCGGUAACAUCGCGCUCAACAACCCUGCCUGGUCUGCCACAGGCAGAGAGACGAGCGCAUAA